AUGGCCUCUGUGGCCGCAGCCCGCACCCGUGCCCGCGUGCGUGCUCAGCACCUUCGGCCGCACCAACGCACGCGCUCGCUCACUCCCACUACCCCGGCACGUCCCGACGGCCCCACGCCCCCCGCAGACGCCCGCGUCCCUGGCUGCUACCGCACUGCUCGCUGCCGUCGCCGUCGACCGCUCCAGCUUGCCACCGCAGCCGCGCUGCCCCGCUCCGGCCCCGUUCCGCGCGCCCCUGGCCGUUUUGGCCGCGCCCGUCGCCGCGCCUUGCUCGCUGUACGCGCGUGCCUGCGCGCCCCACCCUCCUUGCCUGCUUCCCCCACAUCCACUCCACCGUCCGCGCCCCGCACGGGCCUCCGCCCAACGGCCGCUGCCGCCUUCUCCCUCACUCUGCUCCGCUGCGCCUGCUCGCGCCGCCCGCUGGAGGCCCCGGCCGCGCCCGCCUUGCCUGCUGCGCCCCGCCUCUCCCAGCGCACUACCGCGCCCCGUGCUCCUCCCGCCGUUUUCGCCGCCGAGGUCCUGGCCGCUCCCGCCCUCGCCUCUGGUGGCCUCGGGUGCGAGCGCCCGCACCCGUGCGCCCGUGCCCGCGCCCGCUAUGGCCUAUGGGCCACUGCCCAGUAG